AUGUCUUCGAACGCGGGUUCACUCGCACCUCAACCUCACUUUCCUUCAUUUUCUCCUCCUCCUUCUAUCCCCCCAACAGGCCAACAACAACCUGUGCUCAAGACAGGGGACCUUCGCCAACGACUCGAGGACCUCGAUACCGAAGCCAAGAGCCUCCGGACCAACCAAGCGCAGCUCGAGGCGCAACUCAAGGGCAUCCGCAACCGAAUCGCCGCCAACGACAGCGUGAUUCAGGGCAUGAUGAAGCAACUCGACCAGCAAGCCUUCAUCGACCAGCGCGCCGAGCGCCAGUCCGCCUUCCGAGCCACCGUGCUCGAUGAUGACAAUGUCGUCGAGGCCCUUCGGCGCAAGGCCGGCGACGAGGCCGACUUCAAGAGCGCGCUCCUGGCCAUCGUCACCAACCGGGCCAAGCAUGACGACAACAACGUGGUCGGGGCGGCCCUGAUGACCGAGUUGUCUGGAGACGUCUUGCCCUUCCUGCAUGAGGUGGCCACUCAGGUUCUGGAGUGCGACAACGACAUCGACGCCGCCACGUUGAAAGCCCCGUCGGUCGAUGACGGAGAAACCGCCAUGCCUUCCGCAGCUGACGAGCCACAGCGACUGUGCUCCAUGCCUCCAGCGAUGUCCAUGCGAUCGCCCAGUGUCAAGUCCGAACCCAGCUCGGUCCAGACUCUACCCACCACCGCGCAAUCCAUGUCAACCACCCUCACCGCAGCUGCAGCUGCAGCACCUGCGCCGCUGGCGCGAGGCGCUCGAACUCAGACUCACAGCCGUCUUGUUCAACCCAUCGGACCCGGCCCUGGCUCUCGUCCUCGUCCACAUGCCCAGUUUCGCGCUGUACCAGCCGCCGGCAGCGAGUCCGAAGCCCCAGAUCCUGCACACAUGUCUCGUGCCGAAAAGAAUUUCCCUGGUCUUCUAGGCUCUCUUCUCAAGGGCCAAGAGAUGCUUCGUCCCAAAAACACCCCGGCUGCCAAUCUGAAACGUGCACGCGAAUCCGUCGAAACCGGUGCGACCCCAGCAAACGACCCUCCAACCAAGCAGGUGAAGAAGCAGAGACUGGAGAAAGAGCCAGCAUAUACUCCAACGUUCGCGGCCUUCAUCAAACAACUGGAGACCGUCCAUGUGGAAGGCAAGCCCAUCACCGAGCUGAUCAAAUGCUCGCGCUGCCAACAAUUCAAGCCGAAAUGCCGCAUCCUCGUCUGCAUGCAUCUCUACUGCCAUAAGUGUGUGCUGACACUUCGGGCUGAGGCGGAAAAGGGCAACCCCGUGACGGGCUUUCGGGCCUUCUGCGUCAAGCCUGAUUGCAACGGCUUGGUCAGCGGGAAGACAUCGGUGGUGGAGAGCGAAGCAAUGGCUUUCUUGAAAUGGUACGAUGAGCAGCCCGCCGACUUGACCUCCACCGCGGCACAGCUCCACGUCCUCAAUGGCGCCCUCGACGAGUUCCCCGACGACCCGGAAAUCGAGCGCAAAUUAAACGUCGUCCACGCCCAGAUCAACAAGUUCAGACUCACCGCUCAGCCGGAUGUGCGAUGUAACUUGCUCCAGCUGGUCAAGUUGGCCAGGAAACCGUACUGA